CAAAUACGCAAAUACGAAUAUCCAAGUGGGGUGGUAGCAUAACAGAAGUUUUUGUCUACUGGACAUAGAUCACUCCCACAAUAAGUGGCUUUACAGCCUUCGGUCCUAGUUUGGCUUCCUAAGUUUGUCGGUGGCGGCGGCGGCGCUUCGGCAGUUUCAGCACAAAGGUCUCUCGCAGGAGUCGCAGCAGGGCAUCCAAGACUGUUUGUCUGUUCAUGGUUAACAACUUUUCACUCCAUUCGGCCAUCACUAAUCUAGGACUAAGUACAGUUGCAAAUUGGCGGACCAAUGGUUCAACAUCGCCACAGCCACAUUUAUAACACUCUGUAUGUAAGGAAGUGGAACAGAAAAGACAAUAGUAUGAAUGCAUUCAUAUAACAUAGGAAUGUCUCAACUCUCCAUGAAACUAGUGCUAUACUUAUCAGUAAAAACAUUACUUUUAUGCGGCACGAGAGUCAAGGCUACUUUAUUGAUACUGACCACUAUGUCAUGAUUAAGUAUUUCUUGAGGAAUAUAAAGUCAGUAGCUUGAAAUGAAAAUCAUACUACGAUAACGAAUAUUGCAUUCAUCACGUGAUUCCAACCACAUCAAAAGUAUUUAACAACUGUGACUACCUACGUUUAGAACCAACCGAUCCAGAAAAACGAAACCAAGUUGCGACAGAUCACCGAGACCUAGAGACGCAGUGACCUCCUUCAUCCCGCUACAGUCAUGCUCAGUGGCCCCGGAUAACCACCGCCGUCAUCAGCCUCAGAGACAUUUCGACACUCCGCCUGAACCUCAACACAAGUCACCAUGUACCGCCUCGCCGCUGCUCUUUUGUUUCUCAACCAAGUAGCCUCAGACAUCAAUGACAACGACGUGGCCUUUCUCAACGAGCUACCUCUGGACAAGCUGCUCAAAAUGAAGAACUCACUCAAGGAUCUCGUCCAACAACAUUACGAUAACGUGACAGAGCCACCGCAAGUGGAGACCUUUGGAGCGCAAGCUUUGGCUUUAAAGUCGCCAGUAAAAAGAGGUGAUUACGAAGACGAAGGGGUGAAGAAACAUGAACAUGAACAUAGUAAAGUGAGUAAUAUAUUCUCUUUGGCGAUCACAACGCUAGCUUUCCUAGCGUUCGCCGGGUAUCUCCUCUGCCUGAUAGUGCAGGCGGUGAAGUCUAAGCAGAACUACAAUCAGAUGGCGGUGGUGACGCAGCCCACGACGGUGUUUCUACAUAACUCUGGGAUCAAGAAGAGACCUCAGAGUCAGUUCGCGUCUUACGGGAGGAGAAAGAGGGAGAACAGGGAGGUGGUGCCAGACCUGCCUCCUGAAGAGUUGUUUUCGGCGCUGGUGGGCCUUUGUGAAGGAUACGCUAAGUGGAGUGAGAGGUGAUGAUUUGGUACAAGAACAAUCCUACACACAUCUUUUAUAAUUAGUGGCUUGCACCAAACAUUUAAAUGCAAUUAAAUCAAUUAUUGCUGUCUUGCUUUGACAUUAUAAUGUCAGAGCAAGAGAUCAUAGAUUUAAUUUUCAUGAACUUUUUGGUGCAAGCUAUUUUCUCCGGCUAGGUAGGUACCUACCUACUUUCGAAUUAAACGCUUGCCGGAUAAAUAAAUACAUUACAAAAUCAAAUGUAUAUUAUUCAGUAAGAAAUAAAUUAAGUAUUUCCUAAUCUCAAGUGCAUAAGUUAAUGUCAUAUUUGUGUUAAUAUGGUGUUAAUUAAUUGAAGUUAGUAUGUAGUUAUGAUCAAUAUUUAUAAGUACGGUACUUCAACUAAUUAAGUAUACUUAUAAGCAGGUAUAAUAUUUAUCUACCGAUUUUUAAAGCAGCCACCCAUUAUAGCUCAAAGAAGAUUCAUUUUUAAAUACAUAAUGCUUAUAACGAAUCUUUAGUGCCCUCACUUGAUAAAACACCAUCAUCAGUUUAAUGCUGUUAUGUUUUACAGAAAACAGUAAAAAAUACUGUUUACAACAAACGCAGGAAGCCAGAUUGCCCGCCAAUAUACGUAGAAUCUGUAAACGUUUUCAAACUGUCAAAUAAUCACGGUAACACCUAAUAAUAGAUACAAGAAACUAUUGUAGAUUCCUCUUUGAGAAUUACACACUUGGCAACCACCAUCCUAGACUAUAUCGUAUUCCCUCCAAGGUAUGGUUAAAAUUGGACUGUGUUGAACGAGGUUAGUUGUGAUGUUUGUCGGUGCGGCUGGUUUGUUUGUAUGAGCUCGUAAUGAGAUGGCUGCGUCCACUCUGUCAGCGCCCUAGCU